CUUCCUCUUGCGUCCACAGUUAAUCCUGUUGGAUGUGGUUUGUCCUUCUUGGUGGUAUGCUGACAUUACCCUGGAUACCGUGGCUCUUGAUACAUCACAAAGACUUGCUGUCUUGGUCACAGAUGCGCCAGCAAGACGUGCACCAACAAUUUGUCCUCUUUUGAACUCUGGUCACAAUGCGGCUGUGCUCCUGUGCUGUGCACCUGCUGUCGAGAUGGACUCGGAGCUGCUCCAGGCGCAGUCGCAUCCGCUUGCCUCAGAGACUAAAAGAUCCUCUUUGCUACAUGAAACUCAUCGUCAAGUCAGUCUGCUACAACUCUCUCUGCAACUCAGAUCUUGUGACUGAUUCCCUGUUUGAACCGAUCUUCUGGAUAGUAGAUAUUCUCACCCGCUGGUUUGGGGUGGUAUUUGUAUUUUUAGUGAUAGUUCUCACCAGCUCCGUCCUCUGUGUUGCAUACUUCUGCUUUCUUCCUUUUGCCAUUAAAACCUAUUCACUUGGCUGGGUAGUGUGGCACUUGAGUUAUGGACACUGGAAUUUGGUCAUGAUAGUUUUCCACUAUUACAAGGCCACCACGACUUCACCUGGAUACCCCCCAAAGAUGAAGAAUGAUGUUCCAUUCGUGUCGGUCUGUAAAAAGUGUAUCAUUCCCAAACCAGCAAGAACUCAUCACUGUGGAAUUUGCAACACGUGUAUACUGAAAAUGGACCAUCACUGUCCUUGGCUUAACAACUGUGUUGGUCAUUUCAACCACCGCUACUUUUUCUCCUUCUGUCUUUACAUGACACUCGGCUGUAUUUAUUGUAGCGUCAGUGGCCGUAAUCUCUUCAUAGAUGCAUACCGUGCCCUGGAUCGAUACAAGCACAUGGAUAUGGAGAAACAGGGUGUUCCAGUAACAGGUGUAGCUGUGCUCAUAGGAAUCCUGCCGUCAGAAUCCAUGACUGGGAAGAGUGCUGAGACUCCAGUACUUCCUUACACCUUCAUGAACAGAAUGUUUCAUAAAAGCAUUAUCUACAUGUGGGUGCUUACCAGCACGGUAGGACUCGCUUUGGGAGGAUUGACUGCGUGGCAUGCUGUCCUCAUUUCUCAUGGAGAGACCAGUAUAGAGAGACAUAUCAACUCUAAAGAGGCCAAACGCAUGGCAAAACGGGGAAAGGUCUACAAGAAUCCUUUUAACUAUGGGAGGAUGAACAACUUGAAGGUGUUUUUUGGUGUAGAAAAGAAAAGUCACUGGCUGACGAGGGUUUUUCUGCCUUCUGGACACAUGCCCUACGGUGAUGGGCUAACAUGGGACAUCUACCCAAUUAAAAAGGACAUGAUAGCAGUAUAGACUUAGGACUCAAAACCUGCAAAUGCAAUGUUGCAGUACCCAGGUUACUCCACACUCAGCAGGUUGAUUCAUAGCUCUGCUCUUACAGAGUGCUCAAAGCCUGUAUUAUUAACUGUGGUGGCAAGUCAUUAAGAAUUAAAAAGUAUAGGGCCGCUCAGGUGGUGCAGCGGUAAAAACACACGCUGGAACCAGAGCUGGACCCUUGCCGGCUGAGGCUGAGCGGCCACAUGAACAACGAUUGGCCUGUUGUUCAUAUGGGCGGGACUAAGCCGGAAGGGGUCGCUCUCUCAUGACUGGUGCAAUUACGACCUCUGCUCGCUGAUUGAUGGCGCCUGCACAGAGAUGAGAAAAGACUGCUUUUAGGAUGUGUCCUUCCGUACACGCAGCUAAGCUACACUGCACUCAACAAAUUGUAGGUGAUAAGAUGCAUACGGCUGCUGCCCACGUGUCGGAGGGGGCGUGGGUUAGCUUUGUUCUCCUCAGUCAGAGCAGAGAUCGGCAUUGGUGGAGAGGAAGCAUGAUGCAAUGGGGCAAUUGGACGCGCUAAAAAGGGAGAAAAUGCAUAAAGAGAAAUACAUUUUUCAUCACCACCAGAUGUCUGUGUCCUUUUUAUAACUGACAUUUAUGAUGACGCUGAUGUGUACCAGCACUGAUUGUGGAGCUGUGCUCUUUCAGACAUCAGAACUGCACAUGGCUAAUCCAUUAAAGGAUAAAGAACCACGUUUUAUUUUCAUGUUAAUUAUUUUCUGUUUAUUGUGCCUAUGUACCAACUCUAACGUAAGCAUCCGGUGAUGGUUUUAUGUUUUGUUCAUUUUAGUGUAUUUAAAAAUAAACAUAUCUUGUUUGUUUUCUGUGAA